GUGGAUGAAUGAUGCGCAUGAGUGAAGGACUCCGUGUCAGUCACGACGCGGAGGUGAUUUUUACCAUAUUUCCGAGAAAGCGGUUUCGCUGAUCUCAGAAGAGCAGCUUUUGCGGUGACGUGAAGUUGAUUCUCUUCGCAUAAGCUUGUGAGUAUCUUGUGAAGUGUGUCAACAGCUUGGAGCGCCCGAUUUGCUUGUCAAGGGUUUUCGUUUCCAACCGUGAUCCACUGGUGUGUUUAUUUGGAAGGUUGUCACUGUGGUUGAGGGUUUGAUAGAGUGGAUCAGAAUCUGUCUGACCGUUCUCAAGCACCUCAGAAAUACAUCAUAGUCACAGAUUUCGGUCUCACCGACUUCAAGCGACUUGUGCUUAGAAGAUCCUUGCGGUGAAAUUUUCAGAGGUUGUAAUGUAGCAUCAUGUUGCGUAAAAGUUUGUGUCGAAUAGUUUGUGAUCGUAACUCACAGGACCGAAUUGUAUGUCGUUAAGGAGUACCAUGUUUUUGUGGUAUUCUCCGGUAGCCUUGUUGAACUUUUGCAGAAUAAACGUUGGAUAGUAGGUUUUCCGUUUUUUAACAGAUUGUUGGUGGGGAACGCAUAAAUUCAAGCACUUCUACUUCCAAAUGCAAUUACCUUAUUAAUCACCGUGUGCGCUUAAAUAGUACCCAUGGAAAAUAAGCUGGGUAUUCUUGACUCGAAGAAGUCGCCUGAUCUGGAUGUGCGGCUCGACGAGGUGAAUGAGAUACCAUCCAUAUUUUCGUGUCACCAUCCCACAGAAGCAAAGAGGUCCAGUUUUCAGCUGCACGAGACAAAGCACAAAAUCUUUCUGAGUCACUCUGGAGCGGAGAAGAGUUUUGUGGAGCAGUUAUGUGUGGAUCUUGAAAGAUCGGGCUAUUUCUUUCCAUUUUUCGACCAAAGAAGCCACAGCUUGCCCAAAGGCGAGACUUUCGCAACUCUCAUUUUGCAGGCUGCGAAGCAGUGCCAUGUGGCUGUUACCGUUCUGUCGAAGACAUUCCUAACAUCAAAAUGGCCGAUGAUAGAGCUUGGAGAAUUCUACAAAGCUCGUAAUGCCGGAAAUCCACCCCCGUAUCUACUGCCCCUCUUUUUCAAAGUAUCGAUCAAAGAUCUCGAUGAGCAAUCAAUUGAAAAGCUAUGGAUGCCCACAUGGGAAAAGUUUCACGCUGUUGACAAGAGAAUUGACUUGGGCUUGUGGAAGAGGGCUGUGAAAGCGCUGUCUGGGACGAAUGGUUUCAUUUUUGAACAGGCAAAGCCAUUGGAAAGCCCACCUACUGGAAUUGUGUACCGGUCGGAGGUGGAUUAUAGGAGUGCUGCACGAGAAGAAAUCCAGAGACUGUCACCUCCAGACCUUCUAUAUGGUAGUCGCAGUACCAUGGUUGGUUAUGAGCGACUUUGUCAAAUUUUGUCGAGUCAAUUCGUAGAGGAAAAUGAGACAGGACUGUUGCUGUUGGGCUUGUAUGGAAUGCCCGGCCUUGGCAAGACAACAAUGUCCAAGGCCAUAAGUGAUUAUUUUCAAACUGAGUUUGGGAUGACCAGGGUGUGUCGUCUGGAGUUGAGUAAUGUGUCCACCACAAGAUCUCUUUCUCAAGACGAAUAUAUGAAACGUAAGGCGGAGAUUUUGAUGCAUCAAAAGGAGGUUUUGAACAAGCUGUGGUGUGGAGGCUCGUGUUUUGAAUGCGAUAUCGGAUAUUGAUCAGGCAAGGAACUUGAUGCAGAAGCUUUUAAAGCUAGACAAGGAAAGGGAUCAACAACCUGUGCCGGGGCUUCUAGUCAUUGACAAUGUUGGUAGUGACAACCAAUCUUACGGCGCAACUCGAGAAUAUCUUCGGGCUGGAUUUCCCCCCGGGAGCAGAAUCAUGGUUACAUCGAGAGGCCAUAAUAUUGUGGAGUCGUUACUCCAAGAUACCAGAUUUUGCAAGCCAGUGCCAGAUUUGACGGAUGAGGAAGCACGGACUGUUUUCUUGAACAUUGCGGCCUCUGGAACGAGUGUGUUUACGCUUACAGAUGCAGACUCGAAACGGAUCCUUGGAUUAUGUGUGAACCAAUGUCGAUUUUCAGUGGAUGGAGCGUUCAGGAGUGAUGCGCAGUAUCAUCCCUUGGCAUUGAAAGCACUUGCAAAUUUUUGUCAGAGUGAAGAAUUCAGGAAGAGAUCUUUAUCAAGUUGGGAGGAAGAAUUGAAGGCUUUUAAUCAAGGUUCUUGCCCCGGUCUGUUUGACAUAUUGGAAUUGCAAUUUACGAGCAUGGAUCGAGAAACUGAGCAGCUCAUCUUCCUGGAUAUUGCCUUGUUCGGAAGAGAGUGGUAUUUAACAGGUGGUAGUGGUUGGUGGAGCUGGCUUGCACAAUUGCAUAACACCGAUUCAGAAUCUGUGAAGAGGGUUGUGCGCCAACUAGAGAAGUAUGGCGUAAUAUAUCGUAACAAGGCUUUGACGAUGCAUCAGCUCUAUUGAGAAUUUGCGGUGUGGUUUGUGACUAUAGGCAACUUCCGCGAAAAUGAAUGGUGCGUCUCAGAACCGUAUCAUAUUCGAAAAACAAGAAUACGAGUGAUGAACUUGAAGGGUGAAAUUGCAGCAACGCGUUUGAAGAGAGAAUGGAAAAACCUUGUACUACUUCAGCUGCAUUCUUGCACCGACAUAGAGAAGCUGAAUCUUGAAAAAUUGGAAAGUCUUUGUCAUCUGGAACUCAUCAACCUCACAAGAUUGAAGGCACUUAUCCUUGCACCAGAGAGUGAUCUCUUACGAUUUGUGUGGCUGUCGGGCUUGGAUUCAUUACAGCAUCUACCUGAUUUCAACACUUGUUGCCCAAAUCUGCAAGUGAUGAUAAUUACACGAUGCUUGACCAUGAAUGUGCCUUUUGGAAGAAUUACAGAGUGCAAAAAACUCAAAUCACUUCAUGUUGACACUGGUCUUUACCAAGCGCUAGGCCCUGAGGUGCCAGGAACAUCACUGGGUUCAAAUUUGAUGAAACUUGAGAUUAGCAUCUUGAAGCAAGCAAGCGAAGAGUAUGUGUUGAACCUAGAAGGCUUGGGGCGUUGCGACAACUUGGAGUGGCUUAUCCUAAAAGAUCUUCCUGUAAAAUGGAUCUCCGGUCUUGAAGAAGUGAAAAGUUUGCAACGAUUUGGAGGUAGAGCCAUCUUUUACAACUGUGGCAACCUUGAACAGGCUCCAGAGGGUGCGUCUGAGAUACAUAACGUGUACAAGAUCACUUCACCUGAUGGCUAUUUGUGGACUACGCAUCAGUGGAAGGAAGGAACUACGAGAGCAGGAGUGACAUCUCAUUAUGUUGAUCGUUGGGGCAGAGAUGAAGAUUUUUGUGAUUAUGGAGAUGUUCCUAGAUAUUGGAUUCAUCAGCCACAGUGGAAUAUGAACAGUAACAUAUGAAAUUUCUAACUUCAAGUGGCAAAAUUUACGUGAUCCUCAAGUUCAAUGUAAACAUGAUGGUACCGUGUGGACUAUGAUAGAUGAUGGUAGCGUGUGGCCUAUUAUAUAGCCAAUUCCUCCUUCACAUAGCACCUGAUGUAGCAUCAAUAUCCUGCUUACAAAGAAAUUACUGGUUGCCAGAGUUGCAGACUUUGGCCUGUCUAAACUUCUGAA